UGUUCGCCUUGGUCAAGGGUCUAUUUCCCGAAAACAAAAAUGAAACAACGAACAUUUGGAGGACCAUCAUUGCUGGUUUUCGCUCCUUUUGUCACUUGCUUGGCGUCACAGCUGGACUACACGGUGGUUUUUUCCAAGCUGGAAUGCUUCCCAAAUACAAACUAUCUAGCAUGCAGUAUGAAGCUCAUAAAUAAAAGCCAUGGAAAUAUUGACUUCGGUAUUACACGUACUUUAUACCAACCCAUAUUGCUGCUGUCUAUCACGCAAGUUACAAAAGUAUCCAACACAAAUACCAGAAAAAGUACCAUUUUGAGGCGAAAAUUUGAAUUCUGCAAUCAACUCACCCUUGGCAUAUCUGACUAUAUUUCCCGGUUUAUCAUCUACGCAGCGAAUACCUUUUUGAAUGGUAGUGGACUCACAUGUCCUGUACAACCACGAAAUUUGUCACUUCGCUCCAUUACAUUAAAUUUUAAAUCGAUUCCCUUCCAAUUCUUUUAUAAACGCAAUAGUUACUUGGUAGUGAACGGAACAUAUCUUGAAAUGGACCAAAAAUCUAGAGUGGAUCUUGGAUACUAUUUGAUAUAUCUCACAAUCGAGAAACAUGUUCGUAAAAAUCAAUGA